AACACAGCGAGCAGUCAGUGGAGACAGUGCGGCAACACUCCACCAACCACAACCAGCAGUCACACAGCUUCAUCAGUCAGCGACGACCACACAGUAGUCACACACACAACACAGCACCAUGUCUGGGUGGGAUGAAGGACAGCUGUUCUACUCCGACCCCAUCACCGGGGAUACGGGCGGCGACAACGAGCGCGUGAUUGCAAAGAAGGCGUUCUUGGAGUUCCUGUUGCAGUACAGACAGGACAAUGUCUUCGUGUACAGGGAUCUCUUGCGACGUCACUACCACCUCAAAGUGUUCAACUUGGAGGUGGACUUGGAUCAUCUCUCUGCGUUCCAUGAUGAUCUCGCUGAGCGUCUUAAAGCAAAACCAGGCGACUUUCUCCCCAUCUUCGAGGAAGCUGCGCGGGAUGCUGCUCGCCAGAUCCUUGCAACCUCCACAGAGGAAACAGAGGCGCCCGACAUCCGUCCCAUCCAGGUGACGCUGACCUCCUCGGAGCGGCCCGUGUCCAUGCGUCAUCUCGGCUCGGCAUACAUGGCCAAGCUGGUGAAGAUCUCCGGCAUCAUCAUCAGCGCGUCAGCAACGCGCGCAAAGGCCACGCGCCUCAUGCUGCAGUGUCGCAGCUGUCGCUCAACGCGCCCCUGGGAUGUGAAGCCGGGCUUUGGCGGCGCACAGCUGCCCCGCACCUGCAAUAGAGAGCCGCUCAGCAACGAGGAGGAGAGGUGCCCCGUGGAUCCCUACCAAAUUGUGCCGGACAAGUGCACAUGCAUCGAUCAACAGACACUCAAACUUCAAGAAGCACCAGAGGAUGUCCCAACUGGCGAAAUGCCGCGCCACAUCCUGCUGGCGGCAGAGCGCUAUCUGACGGACAAGGUCAUCCCGGGAACACGCUGCACCAUCAUUGGCAUCUACACGGUGUUCAGCGACCGCAAGGAGAGGGGCACGUCGACCGUGGCCGUGCGCCGCCCGUACAUCCGCGUGGUUGGACUUGAGGUGGACGACUCUGGUCCCGGCCGCAGCAACACAGCCAUCCUCCCCGCCGACGAAGAGAACAUCAGGGCGAUGGCGCACGAGCAUGACGUGUAUGAUCGCAUUGUUCGCAACGUCGCGCCGUCCAUCUUCGGCUCCGACGACAUCAAGAAGGCCACGGCGUGCUUGCUCUUUGGCGGGUCGACCAAGGUCCUUCCAGAUGGCAUGCGUCUCCGUGGCGACAUCAACGUGCUGCUGCUUGGUGACCCUGGUACUGCAAAGUCGCAGAUGCUCAAGUUUGCCGAGCAAGUUGCGCCCAUUGGCGUGUACACGAGCGGCAAAGGGUCGAGUGCCGCUGGUCUGACGGCAUCGGUGAUCAGGGACGCUGCGUCUCGCGAGUUUUAUCUUGAGGGCGGUGCGAUGGUGCUGGCGGACGGCGGUGUUGUCUGCAUUGACGAGUUUGACAAGAUGCGUGAGGGCGAUCGCGUUGCCAUCCACGAGGCGAUGGAGCAACAGACCAUCUCCAUUGCAAAGGCCGGCAUCACUACCACCCUCAACUCGCGCGCGAGCGUCCUUGCCGCAGCCAACUCCGUCUUUGGCCGCUGGGACGACACAAAGGAAGCUGACGAGAACAUUGAGUUUCAGAGCACCAUCCUCAGCCGUUUUGAUCUUAUCUUUGUCGUCAAGGACGAACACAACCGCGAGCGCGAUGAGCACCUUGCACGUCACGUGAUGGGCGUGCACUUGAACGCAGAGGACCCGCAGGCCGAGGGCGAAAUGGACGUGGCCUUCCUCAAGAAAUACAUCCAGUACUGCCGCAUGAACUGCGGUCCGCGGUUGUCACCACCGGCGCUGGAGAAACUCAAGAACCAUUUUGUGCAGAUCCGAAGCGAGGCGCAUCGCCAAUAUGUGGAGACGGGCAAGCGCCCGGCCAUCCCCAUCACCGUCAGGCAACUAGAGGCCCUCGUUCGCAUCUCAGAGUCGCUGGCCAAGAUGAAGCUUGCGCCGUUUGUGUCUGAGGCGGACGUCGACGAAGCCAUUCGCCUGUUCAAGGUGUCGACAAUGAGCGCUGCCAUGGCGGGUCAUCUCAGCGGCGCGGAGGGCAUUGCUGACCAGCAGGCCAUGGAGACCCUUCACAAGAUUGAGCGGGCCAUCAAGAAGGCAUUCCCAAUUGGUUCGCGCGUGUCGGAGAAGCGAAUCUUGCAGGACCUCGACAACAAGGUAACGUCAUCACGCUGCAGCUGCUGCGACCUGCUGUUGCUGUUGUGA